AUGCAGCUGCCAGUGUCAGGGAACAUGCUGGAUGUGUACAGCAGUGGAGGGAUGGUUGCUCCUACCAUCGCCGUCUCAAACUCCUGUCCUGCUGACCUGCACAACGUCAAGACUGAGUUAACCGGUACUGGUAAAGAGUUCCUCUCUAAAACACACUUAACACUCAUUAUAAACUGGGUGGUUCGAGUCCCUGAAAUGCUGAUUGGCUGAUAGCCAUGGUAUAUCAUAUUAUUUUUACUGCUCUAAUUACGUUGGUAACUAGUUUAUAACAGCAAUAAGGCACCCUGGGGGUUUGUGGUAUAUGGCCAAUAUACCACGGCUAAGGGCUGUAUCCAGGUACUCCGCGUUGCGUCGUGCUUAAGAACAGCCCUUAGCCGUGGUAUAUUGGCCAUAUACCACAUCCCCUCGGGCCUUAUUGCUUAAAUAACCCCCUCUAGCUCUUAUCUCUCUCUCUCCGUCUCUCUUUCUGUCUGUAAAAAGUUCCUCUCUAAAUAACACUCAAUAACACCUGUCUGUCUAUCUCUCUCUGUCAUCUCCCAAUCCUCUCUAUCUCAACUUCCUGUCUGUCGAUCUCUCUCUUACUCUGUCCCUGUUUCUGUGUGGUCCUCUCGUGAGAUCGACUUCUCUCAUCCUCUCCCUCCUCCUCUCCUUCCCCAUCUCGUCUCCCCAUCUCCCCCUCUCUCCCCUCCUCCUCCUCCCCCGACUCCACCUCCUCCAGCCCCCACUCUCCUCCCCCUGCCCCCUCCGUCUAACUUACGAUGCACUCCUCUCUCACUCGCCCCUCUCUCUCCCCCUACACCUCCGCUCCUUCUCCAGACACAUCCGUAUGUCUCUCCGCUUCUCUGACCUCCCGUCUCUCUAUCCUCCCUCAGCAACUCCCUCGCCCCACUCUCUCCUCCCCCUCUCUCUCACAUCACCACUCUAUCCUCUCUCUCCUCCCCUCUCUUUUCUUUUUAAAGUUCUUACUCAGCAUUGCUCAACUUCCCUUGUCCAGUCAGUCAGUCCCACCCUGUUCCUCUGCCUCAGCCUUCAGUAGACCUGCAGUCAUGUUUCCGUUUGAUCUCUACGGCAUACUCACCAUCCGUUAUGUGUCUUAUGACUUUUAGCGUCUUUUGACAUUCUGAACAUAUGCAUAUACUGUUUUUUAAAUCUAUGUUUUAUUUACGUUUCAAGCAGUCUUUAGCAACCCACACUGUACUGAUAUUGGAGUGCGAAAUGUUGAUUUGAUAUUGUCUCCUUCUAGAGGUGGAGGUUAAAGCUAUGACGAAGGAGCGACAGAAAAAGGACAACCAUAACCAGAGUGAGUAUAGAUCAAUACUUUACUGCCAACGGAUACCAUAUUUGAAAUGUAUUUCAUUAGGUCUAACAGUUGGUCACCAGCUUGGUGAUAAUGUUGACAUGUUACGGUUGUUCCUAGUUGAGAGACGGAGGAGGUUCAACAUCAACGAUCGCAUCAAGGAACUGGGAGCUCUCAUCCCCAAAUCGAGUGACCCGUGAGUAGCCCCCCCCCUCCCCCCCUGCUAAAGUGCUACUGUACAUAUUUCACCAUCUCACUGUUCCUUUCUCCUCACUGACCCCCCCUGCUACAACAUAGUAUCUAAUCAUGCCACUGUUCCUUUCCCCUCACUGACCCCCCUGCUACGGAGACAGGGAGACGCGUUGGAACAAGGGAACCAUCCUGAAGGCGUCUGUGGACUACAUCAGGAGGCUGCAGAAGGAGCAGCAGAGAGCCAAGGAGAUGGAGAACAGGCAGCGGAAACUGGAGCACAGCAACCGUAACCUACUGCUACGUAUACAGGUAAUACUGACUGUAACCUACUGCUACGUAUACAGGUAAUACUGACUGUAACCUACUGCUACGUAUACAGGUAAUACUGACUGUAACCUACUGCUACGUAUACAGGUAAUACUGACCGUAACCUACUGCUACGUAUACAGGUAAUACUGACCGUAACCUACUGCUAGUAUACAGGUAAUCUGACCGUAACCUAUGCUACGUAUACAGGUAUACUGACUGUACCUACUGCUACGUAUACAGGUAAUACUGACCGUAACCUACUGCUACGUAUACAGGUAAUACUGACCGUAACCUACUGCUACGUAUACAGGUAAUACUGACCGUAACCUACUGCUACGUAUACAGGUAAUACUGACUGUAACCUACUGCUAUGUAUACAGGUAAUACUGACUGUAACCUACUGCUACGUAUACAGGUAAUACUGACCGUAACCUACUGCUACGUAUACAGGUAAUACUGAACCGUAACCUCAAUGCUACGUAUACAGGUAAUACCUGACCUGUAACCUACUGCUACGUAUACAGGUAAUACUGACUGUAACCUACUGCUACGUAUACAGGUAAUCUGCCGUAAACCUACUGCUACUAUACAGGUAAUACUGACCGUAACCUACUGCUACGUAUACAGGUAAUACUGACUGUAACUACUGCUACGGAUACAGGUAAUAUGGACCGUAACCUACUGCCGUAACUGCUACGUAUACAGGUAAUACUGACCGUAACCUACUGCUACGUAUACAGGUAAUACUGACCGUAACCUACUGCUACGUAUACAGGUAAUACUGACCGUAAACCUACUGCUACGUAUACAGGUAAUACUGACCGUAACCUACUGCUACGUAUACAGGUAAUACUGACCGUAACCUACUGCUACGUAUACAGGUAAUACUGACCUGUAACCUACUGCUACGUAUACAGGUAAUACUGACCGUAACCUACUGCUACGUAUACAGGUAAUACUGACUGUAACCUACUGCUACGUAUACAGGUAAUACUGACCGUAACCUACUGCUACGUAUACAGGUAAUACUGACCGUAACCUACUGCUACGUAUACAGGUAAUACUGACUGUAACCUACUGCUACGUAUACAGGUAAUACUGACCGUAACCUACUGCUACGUAUACAGGUAAUACUGACCGUAACCUACUGCUACGUAUACAGGUAAUACUGACCUGUAACCUACUGCUACGUAUACAGGCUACGUAUACAGGUAAUACUGACCGUAACCUACUGCUACGUAUACAGGUAAUACUGACCGUAACCUACUGCUACGUAUACAGGUAAUACUGACCGUAACCUACUGCUACGUAUACAGGUAAUACUGACCGUAACCUACUGCUACGUAUACAGGUAAUACUGACCGUAAUCUACUGCUACAGGUAAUACUGACCGUAACCUACUGCUACGUAUACAGGUAAUACUGACCGUAACCUACUGCUACGUAUACAGGUAAUACUGACCGUAACCUACUGCUACGUAUACAGGUAAUACUGACUGUAACCUACUGCUACGUAUACAGGUAAUACUGACUGUAACCUACUGCUACGUAUACAGGUAAUACAUUUUACAUUUUAGUCAUUUAGCAGACGCUCUUAUCCAGAGCGACUUACAGGAGCAAUUAGGGUUAAGUGCCUUGCUCAAGGGCACAUCGACAGAUCUUUCACCUAGUCGGCUCGGGGAUUAGAACCAGCGACCUUUCGGUUUCUGGCACAACGCUCUUAACCACUAAGCUACCUGACACCUAGGUAGACUGAGAGGGAAGGGUUGGGGUUGGAGACUGGGAGGGAAGGGUUGGGGUUGGAGACUGGGAGGGAAGGGUUGGGGUUGGAGACUGGGAGGAAGGGUUGGAGACUGGGAGGGAAGGGUUGGGGUUGGAGACUGGGAGGGAAGGGUUGGGGCUAAGGAGAUGGAGACCAGACCAAGCCUACUGCUAUGAAAUCAGGUUAAGAAGAUGUUCCUGUUGUUGGACAAUAAAGUCAAUCUAUUCAAUCAGUAUACAGCAAGGAAGUCUGGUAAAUACUUGAGUGUGAUAUUGCCAUGUUUUCAUGUCUCUUUGGAAGUUAAAUGGUAAAUUGUCUCAGGGAAAAAUCAAUCAACUCUGGCGUCCCCCAGGGCAGUGUUCCAGGGCCUCUACUGUUUCUACUGUACAAUAAUUAAGCAAUAAGGUAAUAAGGAAUGGAAUCCUGUGAAUAAUGCAUGUCUAAGGGCUGUUUUUUGUGUUGGCUAUUGUUGUCUGUUGAUUCUCUCUACAGGAGCUUGAGCUGCAGGCCCGCCUCCACGGCCUCUCCACCCCCGCCUCCUCCUCCCAGGGCAGCUCCUCCUCACACCUAAGCCUAUCACAGUCCCUGGACCCCAGCACGGGCUGACGCCCUCUCCAGGACCCUCCUCUCCCUGAGUGGUGGCCCAGGCCUCCAGGCCGCCUCCCCCUCCUUCCUGUCUCCACCCCCCUCGGCCUCCCCGGUUGGUCUGAUGACCAUGGCCAGCCCCCUGGAUCUGGACUCUCUGAGCUUCUCUGAGCUGGACGACCCGUCGUCCGCAGCCUUCCACGCCUCCCUGCUGCCGGACAUGGGUCUGGGGGAUAUCCUGAUGGACGAUAGGGGGGUGGGGAUGUCCUCUGUGCAGGGAGCCUCCAGGACCAUCUGAGGUGGCCGCAGGGGCCGCGUGUCAUGACCAUGGAGGGAAGACCUUGAGCUUUUGGGCUGGGCCGUCCCAGACCAGCCCGCUGCGAAGGCUGGGCUACGGGAGGGGGGGGGAUGCCUCGUGGGCAGAGACCCCUGGCCUCCCGUUCCAGACCUCCAGACAUUAGUGCAGGAACAGAUUCAGCAUGGAGGAAGACCUGUGACUGGGCUCAGUCCCAAACCGACUCCUAGACCCUACACCCUAGACUAAACCCUACACCCUUAGAAACGUAAUGUAGAUCUGAGAGAAUUGGAAAGGAGUAAUCAUGGCAAAACAUUCCAGCCAGCAGAAUCAUACCAGAGUGCUUAUAUCAAUCCUCCGUCCUUUCAGAUUUACAGGAGUGCCUAGGGAGUCCAUUUGGGAUUCAGCAGGAGAGACAGAAGGCUCUAAACUAGGGAGUCCAUUUGGGAUUCAGCAGGAGAGACAGAAGGCUCUAAACUAGGGAGUCCAUUUGGGAUUCAGCAGGAGAGACAGAAGGCUCUAAACUAGGGAGUCCAUUUGGGAUUCAGCAGGAGAGACUGAAGGCUCUAAACUUUCCAGAGGACUGCAGACUGGCGGUGGGGCCUCCACACACCCUGCAUGGCCCAGUCUUUCCAUCCCAACAGGAGGGUUUACUGCCUAUUGUCUUCUGGUUCUAGGAAUCUUCCAACCCGGGAUUUCUGAGAAAAAAAAACGUGGGUAUUUGGAAAGUUAAAGGAAUUUUGCAACCCUAGUCUUAGUUUAGACUAGAAUGUCUAGAAAUAAUUCCUGACCCCUUAUGGUGAUGAUGCAAUCCAUUUUUAUCUCUAUGCUUGUAAUGGAAUAUAGAAUACAUCUAUGGAGUUGAGCUGUUCUAUAGCAUUAAAAGGAUAGAUACACCUUACAUAGAUAUUAACCUAUUAGUAUGUCUGGUUGUUAUUGGCUAGUUCUGUGAAUAGCAAUGAGGAUGGAGGUAGAUAUGUAUAGGGGUAAGGGGACAGGGAUACUGGAGUGAUGGAGGUAGAUAUGUAUAGGGGUAAGGGGACAGGGAUACUGGAGUGAUGGAGGUAGAUAUGUAUAGGGGUAAGGGGACAGGGAUACUGGAGUGAUGGAGGUAGAUAUGUAUAGGGGCUAAGGGGACAGGGAUACUGGAGUGAUGGAGGUAGAUAUGUAUAGGGUAAGGGGACAGGGAUACUGGAGUGAUGGAGGUAGAUAUGUAUAGGGCUAAGGGGACAGGGAUACUGGAGUGAUGGAGGUAGAUAUGUAUAGGGGUAAGGGGACAGGGAUACUGGAGUGAUGGAAGGUAGAUAUGUAUAGGGGCUAAGGGGACAGGGAUACUGGAGUGAUGGAGGUAGAUAUGUAUAGGGGUAAGGGGACAGGGAUACUGGAGUGAUGGAGGUAGAAUUAUAGGGUAGGGACAGUUAGGAUGAGGUAAAGGUAUAGGCUAAGGGGACAGGGAUACUGGAGUGAUGGAGGUAGAUAUGUAUAGGGUAAGGGGGACAGGGAUACUGGAGUGAUGGAGGUAGAUAUGUAUAGGGGUAAGGGGACAGGGAUACUGGAGUGAUGGAGGUAGAUAUGUAUAGGGGUAAGGGGACAGGGAUACUGGAGUGAUGGAGGUAGAUAUGUAUAGGGGUAAGGGGACAGGGAUACUGGAGUGAUGGAGGUAGAUAUGUAUAGGGGUAAGGGGACAGGGAUACUGGAGUGAUGGAGGUAGAUAUGUAUAGGGCUAAGGGGACAGGGAUACUGGAGUGAUGGAGGUAGAUAUGUAUAGGGGUAAGGGGACAGGGAUACUGGAGUGAUGGAGGUAGAUAUGUAGGGGUAAGGGGACAGGGAUACUGGAGUGAUGGAGGUAGAUAUGUAUAGGGGUAAGGGGACAGGGAUACUGGAGUGAUGGAGGUAGAUAUGUAUAGGGGUAAGGGGACAGGGAUACUGGAGUGAUGGAGGUAGAUAUGUAUAGGGUAAGGGGACAGGGAUACUGGAUGGGAGAAUAAGGAGGAUUGUGAUGGAGGUAGAUAUGUAUAGGGGUAAGGGGACAGGGAUACUGGAGUGAUGGAGGUAGAUAUGUAUAGGGGUAAGGGGACAGGGAUACUGGAGUGAUGGAGGUAGAUAUGUAUAGGGGUAAGGUGACUAGGCAACAGGAUAUGAGAUAAACAGAGUAACAGCAGCUUGUAUGUGUGUGUGAGUGCGUGUGUAUAGAGUCAGUUUAAGUAUAUGUGCAUGUUAUGUGUGAGUGAGCAGAUGAUGGAGUGAGUGAGUGUUGGAGUGACAGUGUGUGUGAGUGUGUAGGGCCCUGUGAGUGUGCAUAGAGACAGUGCAAAUACUGAAAUAAAAGGUAAAUAAAGAUACAAGGUAAACUCAGUCUGUAGCCAUUUUGUCAGCUAUUCAUCAGUCGUAUUGCUUGUGGAUAGAAGCCGUUCAGGAGCCUGUUGGUGUCAGACGUGAUGCACCGUUACCUCUUACUGUGCGACAGCAGAGGAAAUAGACUAUGGCUUGGGUGGUUGGUGUCUUUGACAAUUUCCCGGGCCUUCUCUUCACACCGCCUGGUAUAGAGGUCCUGGAUGGCACCAGUGAUGGACUGGGCUGUCCGCACCACCCUCUGUAGCGCCAUGCGAUCGAGGGCGGUGCUAUUGCCAUACCAGGCGGUGAUGCAGCCAGUCAAUAUGCUCUCAAUCGUACAGCUGUAGAACUGUUUGAGGAUUUGAGGGCCCCAUGGCAAACUUUUUCAACCAUUUUAAGUCUUUAGUGAUUUAGACACCGAGGAACUUGAAGCUGUCUACCUACCCCACUGCUGCCCGGUCGAUGUGGAUGGGGGGGGUGCUUGCCCCCCCGUUUCCUGAUAGUCCACCAUCAGCUCCUUGGUCUUGCUGACGUUGAGGGAGAGGUUGUUGCUCCGGCACCACACCGCCAGGUCACUGACCUCCUCCCUGUAGGCUGACUCAUCGUUGAGGGAGAGGUUGUUGCUCCGGCACCACACCGCCAGGUCACUGACCUCCUCCCUAUAGGCUGAGUCAUCGUCGACCGGUGAUCAGGCCUACCACUGUUGUGUCGUCAGCAAACUUGAUGAUGGUGUUGGGAGUCGUGCAUGGCCAUGUCGUCGUGGGUGAACAGGGAGUACAGGAGGGGACUGAGCACACACCCCUGAGGGGCCCCCGUGUUGAGGGUCAGCGUGGCGGAGGUGAUGUUGCCGACCCUCAGGGUCGUCCCGUCAGGAAGCCCAGGAUCCAGUUGCAGAGGGAGGUGUUCAGUCCCAUGGUCCUGAGCUUGGUGACGAGCUUGGAGGGGACAAUGGUGUUGAACGCUGAGCUGUAGUCAAUGAACAGCAUUCUCACGUAGGGUGCCAUUUAUGACGAUUAAAGUGCAGCACCUUUUAUUGGUAAACAUGUUGUAUAAUCUAGAUGAUCGUUGUGUGUUGGUAUGCUAUUAAAGUGUGUCAAGAGUCACUCAGGAAAACUCGGCUGAGCAGCCAGCUGUACAGUAGACGGAACAGUUACAAUGCUGUGUUUGUAGGCACGUUGUUCUGUAGUCCUCAAUAGCAAGACCGGUAAGAGUAGCUCUCAACUUUGAUCUACAAGGUUUUAUCUCUGUAUUCCUGCCUCUCUGUAUUCCUGCCUCUCUGUGUUCCAGCCUCUCUGUAUUCCUGCCUCUCUGUGCUCCUGCCUCUCUGUGUUCCAGCCUCUCUGUAUUCCUGCCUCUCUGUGUUCCCUGCCUCUCUGUAUUCCUGCCUCUCUGUAUUCCUGCCUCUCUGUAUUCCUGCCUCUCUGUGUUCCAGCCUCUCUGCCUCUCUGUAUUCCUGCCUCUCUGUGUUCCAGCCUCUCUGUAUUCCUGCCUCUCUGUAUUCCUGCCUCUCUGUAUUCCUGCCUCUCUGUGUUCCAGCCUCUCUGUAUUCCAGCCUCUCUGUAUUCCUGCCUCUCUGUAUUCCUGCCUCUCUGUAUUCCUGCCCCUCUGUGUUCCAGCCUCUCUGUAUUCCUGCCUGGGUCAAAUUAGUUCAGGAAUUCAGCAAUUUAAAGAAAAACUCAGAACGUGAUGAGAUAGUUUUUUUUAAUGAAUGUAUUAAAGCUGCAAUAUGUAACUUUUUGGGUGACCCGACCAAAUUCACAUAGAAAUCUGAGUUAUAGAUCUGUCAUACUCUUAAGAAGUGGUAGAUCUGUUUUAUGUGGGCUAUUUCUAUGCUUCCCAUUCUUAAGUUUCUGUUUUUGAGUCUUUUACAUUGAUUCAUACCAUGACAGAUACUUCCUUCACAUUGGUGAUGUUUGUUUAGCCUAUGUCCAACCUCAUAUGCUGCGUUUCACCCAUAGAGAUAGAGGACUCUAGCUAGAUAUAACCCUUAAUAACACAGACACAAAGAUGAGUCAUCUAUCUAACUCUAUGGUUUCACCAUGGGUUCGGUCUGGAGUCCAGGCUGAUGUUUUAUAUAUAUAUAUGCCCACUGGCUGGAUGACCACGCCGACUACUACAUAUCAUGAUGAAUCAUUUUUGUUUUUAUUUGACCAAGAUAACACUUUUAAUUCACCUGUAAUAUAUUUUUACUUGUAGCUGUACCUACCGGGAUUUUAAUUGAUCUAUUCCUUUCUGAUUUCAGUACACUCAUUCUCUUUCAUGUAUUCCAACUAUGCACAUGAGACAUUCAUGUUGGAAACAGUAGUGACUGUCUUUCUUUCUGUCCUUGCACAGAAAGACAGAUUUAACAACCACAUGCAGCCAAAUGGUUACUGUGUCAAACUCAUUUACUCUAGAAGGCUAUUGACUGUUUGUACUCUUCUGUUUUGGUUCUAACUUUCGAUUUCUGUGCAUACUUUACUCUGUCAUUUCUGACUCUGUGCAUACUUUACUCUGUCAUUUCUGACGUCUGUGCAUACUUUACACUGUCAUUUCUGACGUCUGUGCAUACUUUACUCUGUCAUUUCGACUUCUGUGCAUACUUUACUCUGUCAUUUCUGACUUCUGUGCAUACUUUACUCUGUCAUUUCUGACGUCUGUGCAUACUUUACACUGUCAUUUCUGACGUCUGUGCAUACUUUACUCUGUCAUUUCUGACUUCUGUGCAUACUUUACUCUGUCAUUUCUGACUUCUGUGCAUACUUUACACUGUCAUUUCUGACUUCUGUGCAUACUUUACUCUGUCAUUUCUGACUUCUGUGCAUACUUUACUCUGUCAUUUCUGACUUCUGUGCAUACUUUACACUGUCAUUUCUGACGUCUGUGCAUACUUUACUCUGUCAUUUCUGACUUCUGUGCAUACUUUACUCUGUCAUUUCUGACUUCUGUGCAUACUUUACUCUGUCAUUUCUGACUUCUGUGCAUACUUUACACUGUCAUUUCUGACGUCUGUGCAUACUUUACUCUGUUAUUUCUGACUUCUGUGCAUACUUUACACUGUCAUUUCUGACGUCUGUGCAUACUUUACUCUGUCAUUUCUGACUUCUGUGCAUACUUUACACGGUCAUUUCUGACUUCUGUGCAUACUUUACACUGUCAUUUCUGACGUCUGUGCAUACUUUACUCUGUCAUUUCUGACGUCUGUGCAUACUUUACACUGUCAUUUCUGACGUCUGUGCAUACUUUACACUGUCAUUUCUGACGUCUGUGUAUACUUUACUCUGUCAUUUCUGACUUCUGUGCAUACUUUACUCUGUCAUUUCUGACUUCUGUGCAUACUUUACUCUGUCAUUUAUUUUCAUAGAAAAGCAAUAUACCUAUAGGUGGUCGAGUAGAAUUUAGUAAAGUCACUUAUCAUUACAGCCCUGUAAGAUACAGUAUAUGGAUAAAGCAUUAGGGAAUGUUAGGAAAUAUGUUUUAUAACUGCGGUUUAAGUUCUGUCAUAUGCAUAUUCAAUCUGUAUUGUGUUUAGUUUAUGUAUGUAAAUAUAAAUAGUGUAUAAUAACUCGAUAUAGCAUAAUGUUCUGGAACAAUACAUUUAUUUACAAAUAUUUUCUGUGUAAUGUACACAUUAUAUGCUAUAUAUUAUGUAAACAUAUUGCAUAUAUUUGGCCUUAAUUCGAAAAAAAUGUUUUAAUAUAUAUAUAUACUUUUUAUCAUUUUCUCUUUUAAAUAUAUGUGACUCUGUCACGUGUGUGAGUGCAUGCUGCUCAUUUCAACCAAGGGGAUUCUUUGUCUGAUAGCAAACUGCAGUACCAGUGAAAAGUUUGGACACACCUACUCAUUCAAGGGUUUUUCUUAAUUUUUACUAUUUUCUACAUUGUAGAAUGAUAGUGAAGACAUCAAAACCAUGAAAUAACACAUGGAAUCAUGUAGUAACCAGAAAAGUGUUAAACAGCCUGGAGGUGUGUAAUGAUGGACUGUUCGUUUCUCUUUGCUUAUUUGAGCUGUUCUUGCCAUAAUAUGGACUUGGUCUUUUACCAAAUAGGGCUAUGUUCUGUAUACCACCCCUACCUUGUCACAACACAACAGAUUGGCUCAAACGCAGUAAGGAAAGAAAUUCCACAAAUUAACAUUUUAAGAAGGCACACCUGUUAAUUGAAAUGCAUUCCAGGUGACUACCUCAUGAAGCUGGUUGAGAGAAUGCCAAGAGUGUGCAAAGCUGUCAUCAAGGCAAAGGGUGGCUACUAUGAAGAAUCUCAAAUAUAACAUAUAUUUUGAUUUGUUUAACGCUUUUAUUAGUUUAACAUGAUUUAUUUCAUAGUUUUGAUGUCUUCACUAUUAUUCUACAAUGUAGAAAAUAGUAAAAAUAAAGAAAAACCCUGGAAUGAGUAGGUGUGUCCAAACCCUUUGACUGGUACUAUAUAUUAGACUAUCUCUUCUGGUAGAGCAAUGCAGUAGCCAAUAGCCAUUCAGCAAUAGUCAGUUCCUGGUCACAUGUCACUUUUACUGUUCAGUGACUGGCUAGCAGCUCAAUACAGUCUUGCAGCUCUUUGUGAGGAUAUGACUGCAUGGAUACAUCCCAAAUAUUGCCUUUUAUAGUGCACUACUUGUAACCAGAGCCUUAAGCAAUAAGGCAGUUCUUGACAAACCGGUGCGCCUGGCACCUACUACCAUACCCCGUUCAAAGGCACUUAAAUAUUUUGUCUUGCCCAUUCACCCUCUGAAUGGCACACAUACACAAUCCAUAUCUCAAUUGUCUCAAAGCUUAAAAAUCCUUCUUUAACCUGUCUCCUCCCCUUCAUCUACACUGAUUGAAGUGGUUUUAACAGGUGACAUCAAUAAGGGAUCAUAGCUUUCACCUGGUCGGUUAAUGUCAUGUAAAGAGCAGGUGUUCUUAAGUUUUGUAUACUCAGUGUAUGUAAAAGUGUCUAGGUUCAAUGUCACUCAAUCAUGACAAGUAUAAUCAGUCUUACGGCUCCUCCAUGUCAGGUAUUUUGUGGUUUUCAAAACAAAACAAAAAUCCAGUUAAAACAGUCUUGUUACAUUUGUUUUCUAAGUUAUUUUAUUUUACUCAUUUCAGUUUGUCGAUGUGAUAUGUUUGGUUGUAGGUGUACAGCAAUAACUGGUUUUCCUGUGUCUGGUUACCUACCUGUCUGGUUACCUACCAGUCUGGUUACCUACCCGUCUGGUUACCUACAGUCGGGUUUACCUCCCUGUUGGUUACUACCAGUUGGUUACCUACCGUCUGUUACCUACCUUUUGGGUUUACUACCUGUCUGGUUACCUAGGUUACCUACCAGUCUGGUUACCUACCUGUCUGGUUACCUACCUGUCUGGUUACCUACCUGUCUGGUUACCUACCUGUCUGGUUACCUAGGUUACCUACCAGUCUGGUUACCUACCUGUCUGGUUACCUACCUGUCUAGUUACCUACCUGUCUAGUUACCUACCUGUCUAGUUACCUACCUGUCUGGUUACCUACCUGUCUGGUUACCUACCUGUCUGGUUACCUACCUGUCUGGUUACCUAGGUUACCUACCUGUCUAGUUACCUACCUGUCUGGUUACCUACCUGUCUGGUUACCUACCAGUCUGGUUACCUAGGUUACCUACCUGUCUGGUUACUUACCUGUCUGGUUACCUACCUGUCUGGUUACCUACCUGUCUGGUUACCUACCUGUCUGGAUGUAAAGUGUCAGGUUAUGUGUAUCAAAUAACACAAACCCUCCCCCCUCUGUUGAUGAUUGGUCUUCAACCCUCCACCCACUGUUGAUGAUUGGUCUUCAUCAGAACACACACCAUCAAAUCAGGAUACACAAGUCACUCUCUGUAGAAAUGGGAUCAUGAAAGGGAUUUUUGUACCAGUUGUUUUACUCAAUAACAUCGUUGUUAUAUUGCAUGUAGUCUAAGUUAUAUAUUGUUUUCUUUAAACUCGUAGAAAAAAUAAGAAACAUACUAAUGACUGUUCAUUGUUUCAUUUUUAAUAAUAAUCUUUGUUAAAUAAUGAUUACAUUUUUUUUAUAUAAAAACCCAAACAGCUGUUUCUGUGUGUUUAGUUCCCCUCAGCACAUUUGACCCCUUAUUCUCUCUGUACUGCACUACUCUGGUCAGAUAGGGCCCUGGUCAAAGGUAGUGCACUACAGAUGUCGGAUCCUAAUCUGACCCAUUUCGUCGCAGGAAGAAAAUAAUCCUGCAGCAGGAGGAUUUAAAUAAAUAUUUUAAAUGUAUAACUGCCGCCCAGGGGGCAGCUAGAAGCGGUGUUUUGUAGGCUAUACAAUGCAGUACCAUACCUAGGAGGUUAUGAUUUGGAGAAGGCUCUGCAAACCAAACCCGACCUCAUACCGUCAAGUAUUUUCAUGACUUGCUAGAGCAUUGUGAACGAGCAUUGUGAACUUCCGUAAGGUAAGUGGUCUGAGCAGAACACUUCAACUGUGAGCAUCAUGAGUUCACGCCCAGUGCUGGACAAUCUUUUUUUGACACUUUGUAUGAAUAGAAAUAAACGUCGGUGUAGCAUACUGUUAUUAUUUAACCAAUCCAAAAGGGACCUACCUACCUCAGUAGGAAGCACUUUUCCAGUAGGUUACUGCCUUUUGGGGACGGGAUUCGAAGGCUGUAUCACGUGACAACACAUUCCACCAAUUAGCCCCUUAGUGGUGGUGAGGAGGAGGAGGAGUCUACCGUGUCCGGAAACGACUUCACCAUUCAUUUUCUGGAUUCAGGUUCACUCAAACAUCAUUUAUUUUAUUUAACCUUUAUUUAACCAGGUAAGCCAGUUGAGAACAAGUUCUCAUUUACAACUGCGACCUGGCCAAGAUAAAGCAAAGCAGUGCGAUAAAAACAACAACACAGAGUUACAUAUGGGGUAAACAAAACAUAAAGUCAAAAAUACAACAGAAAUAUAUUUACAUUUUAAGUUUUGUUUUACUAUUGACAGUUACAGCUGAUUUCCGGAUUGUAUGGAUUCACUCUCCUUAAAUAUUUGUCAUCUGAUGUAUUCGUUUCAGUCUCUGAAUUGUUUAAUCAAACUUUUCGCCACCAGUUUCUCAUAUCAGGGCAUAAAAACGACAAUCUGUCCUGAAUUAGCCUAAACUAGCUGGCUAGCUGAACUAUGCUAGUUUUUCAUCCUCUUUGUCAAACUUCAUAAAUACUGCAUCCUCAACUUCAAAACUCCUUUUGAUAGUUAUACAGUCGUGUAACUGAGAAAUUUGCUCGAAAUAAACUUUGAAAUGAUUUAUUGUUUUGUUUAAUGGUUCGUAAGACAACGGUGGUGAAUGAUAUGGGUUAGCUGGUAUGUUUCGGACUAGUCUUGAAACUGGGACAACGGGCAGCCUCCCCCGCUUGGCUCGAUGGAAUAUAUCAUGAGUUUGUCAACAGAGCCAGAUAUGUCCAAUCCUGUACCUUUAACUUUUUUUUUUUUAAACUGACUAUCGUAUAUGUUGAUUAAAUCGGACUUUAUUAGUACAACUAAAACAUAAAAAAAAAAUACAACUGGUAGGGUUCAGGAUAGGGACGUCCCAAGGAUCCCGUCCACGGAGCUGCUCCUCCUCACAACCCUUAUUGUAGCCACUGUAGCGUCGUCAGCAACUAGUGGCAGCAAUUCAGUGAACAACUAUCCCAAAAGGAAAAUAUCUGACACGAGUAACAAGUAAACAAAUAACAUAGUCGAUCUCCUUAGUACCUGUUAACGAAUGAAGUUGACACCAACCAGAAUAAUGAUCCUACGGUAUAGGGUCCUCCUCUCACGUAUUGCUGGUCUGCUGCUCCACCGUUGUGGACAUGACAGGUAAGCUUGCAUGCAUGAUACAUAUCAUACAGGCUAAGAUUUUUUGAGAGAGCUAUUUUACUGACUGUUUAAGAACAAUUAAUGGCCAGAAUAGUGGUGUUUCACAGUGAAGCUAAUAUUGCGUUAGAGCUGCUGUUUUUCCUUCUUCUAAUGAGUUGGCGUGCACUGUGAAUAAUUAAUACAAAUAUCACACCUUUGCAUAUUGUUAAAGUUUAGUCAUUUUCAUCUCCCUGCCACCUAGGCUACUUAAUCCUAAUGUAAACUAAAUGCAUUGGAUACAAAACAAAUACUGGUAUGUGAUAAAUGAUCAUUUUUCCAAUAUAAUGAUAUAAAUGCAUAUCAAACUGGAAUAUAUAUUCAAUUAAAUGAAUACAGCAUUGUAAUAUUAUUUAUACCUUUCUCUCUCCUGGCAGGGGAUUAGACAGAUGAACUGCAUUCACUAGAUGCCCAAGCCUCAAAACCAGAAACACGUGGAGACAUCAACACUUGUAAUUUUGAAUAAAUAUUACAAUUUAUUAGUUUUCCUGUAUCUGUGCAUGAGUCCUUAAAACACAGUCCAUUGUACAAAAUAUGUACAGUGCCUUCAGAAAGUAUUCACACCCCUUUAAUUUUCCCACACUUUGUUGUGUUACAGCCUGCCUGCAUUUACUGGCCUACACACAAUACCCCAUAAUGUCAAAGUGGAAUUAUGUUUUUAGACAUUUUAAAACAUUUAAUAAAAAUGAAAAGCUGAAAUUGUCUUGAGUCAAUAAGUAUUCAACCCCUUUGUGAUGGUAAACCUAAAUAAGUUCAGGAGUAAAAAUGUACUUAACAAAUCACAUAAUAAGUUGCAAGGACUCACUCUGUGUGCAAUAGUAGUGUUUAACAUGAUUUUUUAAAUGACUACCUCAUCUCUGUACCCCACACAUACAAUAAUCUGUAAGGUCCCUCAGUCGAGCUGUGAAUUUCAAACACAUUCAACCACUAAGACCAGGGAGAUUUUUCAAUGCCUCGCAAAGAAGGGCACCUAUUGGUAGAUGGGUACACACAGUCACUAUAAAGAUACAGGCGUCCUUCCUAACUCAGCUGCCGGAGAGGAAGGAAACCGCUCAGGGAUUUCACCAUGAGGCCAACGGUGACUUUAAAACAGUUACAGAGUUUAAUGGCUGUGAUAAGAGAAAACUGAGGAUGGAUCAACAGCAUUGUAGAUACUCCACAACACUAACUAAAAUGACAGUGAAAAGAAGGAAGCCUGUACAAAACAUUCAUUAUGUUUGCAAUAAGGCACGAAAGUAAAACUGCAAGAAAUGUCCUGAAUACAAAAGCGUUAGGUUUGGGGCAAAUCCAACACAUCACUGAGUAACACUCUUCCUAUUUUCAAGUGUAAUAGUGUUGCUUCCGUCCCUCUCCUCGCCCCCAACCUGGGCUUGAACCAGGGACCCUCUGCACACAUCGACAACAGUCACCCUCGAAGCACCGUUACCCGUCGCUCCACAAAAGCCGCGGCUCUUGCAGAGCAAAGGGAAACAACUGCUUCAAGGUCUCAGAGCGAGUGACGUCACCGAUUGAAACGCUACUAGCACUGGUUACACAAUACAUAUUUUUUUACAUUUUAGUCAUUUUUAGCAGACGCUCUUUUCCAGAGCGACUUACAGUUAGUGCAUACAUGCUCUACCAACUGAGCUACACGGGACAAUCAUGGUGGUGGCUGCAUCAUGUUAUAGGUAUGCUUGUCAUCGGCAAAGAUCAGGGAGUUUUAUUUGCAUAAAAAUAAAUGGAAUAGUGCGAAGCACAGUCAAAAUCCAAGAGGAAAACCUGGUUCAUUCUGCUCUCCAACAGACACUGGGAGACAAAUUCACCUUUCAGCAGGACAAUAGCCUAAAACAACAAGGCUAAAUAUACACUGGAGUUGCUUACCAAGACGACGUUGAAUGUUCCUGAGUAGCCUGGUUACAGUUUUGACAUAAAUUGGCUUGAAAAUCUAUGGCAAGACUUGGAAAUGGCUGUCUAGCAAUGAUCAACAACCAAUUUGACAGAGCUUGAAGAAUUAAAAAAAGAAUAAUGUGCAAAUAUUGUAAAAUUCAGGUGUGCAAUGCUCUUAAGAGACUUACCCAGAAAGACUCACAACUGUAAUCGCUGCCAAAUGUGAUUCUAACAUGUAUUGACUCAGGGGUGUGAAUAGUUAUGUAAAUUAUAUAUUUCUGUAUUUCAUUUUUCAAUAAAUUUGCAAAAAUGUCUAAAAACAUGUUUUCACUUUGUCAUUAUGGGGUAUUGUGUGUAACAUGACAAAAUGUGGAAUAAGUGAAUGGGUAUGAAUACUUUCUGAAGACACUGUAUAUCCAUUUUCAGAAAUAUUGGUAAAUUAGCUUUUAUUGUUGAAAGAAAUUCUGAAAGAGAUUGGUGUGUUUUUUCACUAUCUAAUCAUGACAUGGGGUUGGUUCGUUAAUGAUAGACUUGUAUUUGUUUAAUAUCUAUCGCUUGAUGGUUUCAUUUCAGAGAGACAAAUUAUCAUGUUUUUUUGCUAAAUGCUAUAUAUCCGCCUCACUCUCAGAGAAAUAAGUAGUACUGCUAGGUUUUACACAGUGAAAUGUAACUGUACAAAUGAUACAUUUGUGAUAUAAAUAUACAAUUUAAUGAAAUUCAAUACAAUAAUAUGAGAUCUGUAUGUAAAACAUUUAAACUUUAGUCAUUUAGCAGAUGCUCUUAUCCAGAGCGACUUACAGUAAGUGCAUUCAUAAAAAUAAUAUGCCAUUUAGCAGACGCUUUUAUCCAAAGCGACUUACAGUCAUGCGUGCAUACAUUUUUGUGUAUGGGUGGUCCCGGGGAUCGAACCCACUACCCUGGCGUUACAAGCGCCGUGCUCUACCAGCUGAGCUAAUCUUAAGAUAGCUAGGUGAGACAACCACAUAUCACAGUCAAAUAUACAGGAUAUGAACAUUCCAUUCAGCUUAACAAUGGAUAUAAAGCAAUUUGCACACACAACAAAAAACAUUUUCAUACACAUCUAAACUCUAUUAAUAAAAAAUCUGAGACUUACCCAGAAAGACUCACAGCUGUAAUCGCUGCCAAAGGUGAUUCUAACAUGUAUUGACUCAGGGGAUAUGAACAUUCCAUUCAGCUUAACAAUGGAUAUAAAGCAAUUUGCACACACAAUAAAAACAAAAACAUUUUCAUACACAUCUAAACUCUAUUAAUAAAAAAUCUUAGAACAGUCAUAUUUUACACACACAUGAACGUACAUGAAGGUACCCAUAAACGAUCAUUUCAGAUGGAAAAAAACAAACAAACAAACAGAAUGUAUGUGAAAAAUUGGUGGAUAUAGGGUUUUGGAAAUAAACUCUUCAAAUUAUCUAAAUAUAUUUAAUCGUUGUGAACUGACAGGUGUGUGUGUGUGUGUGUGUGUGUGUGUGUUUUAAACAACGUUUUCUAUAGGCUGAUUGUUAUUUAACAUGUUCCAUUUGUCAUAUGGAAUGUCUUUCCCUAUUUUCUAAGCUUGUAUGUUCACUUAAAGGCAAUUUUUUAUCUAUGUUGUCUUCCCGACUUGGAUCAUGACACCGAAUCAAUCCAAAAACCCCCACAAUCAGUUUAUUGUUCAUAGCCUACAGGUCUGCUUGAAUAGGCUACUAAAAUGAAAAUCAACUGAACUUUUUAACAAACCGUUAUAGGCUGUAAUUGUUCAUGGAAGUGCACAAAUUAAGUAAUCUAGGGCUAUAAUUUAUUACAUCGUUAAAGCCUAGUUUUUAUGAACUAGGGCCAAUGGAUAAGGUGAUAUGAAAAACAAAUUGCGUUUGAUUUCAACAUCUUAAAAAAAAAAAGACUACAGAAACUAAGCCCAUUCAAUUCUUAACCUAUUAUUUGAAAAUAAAAAGGAAAUGUGUUUACCUGAACUUGAAGUGUGCCAGUCUUAGACCUUAGGGUGAUUAUUCUAUUUUUUUCAACUAUCAGAUAAAUUUGACGUUCCUCUACAUUCUGUCGGUAACAAUAGGCUGGUUCCAAAGCCAGCUGCGAUUGGACUGACAGAGACGUUGUAACGGACUGGGCAAUAGUUUUGGUGACUUCGUGUGCUUUCGGAAUGAUCGUAGAUACUCGUUUCCCAACUUGGAAGUUUCACUUGAACAACACCCCAACUGGUAAUUACAAGUGUGAAAGUCUGAGAAAAUGUUGAUACCCAAGGUUCCGAGUUGUGAAGUUUCAUCACUGACCUUUCACCUUUCCAACCACAACAAAUCCGUUUUUGACAAUUACCUACAGACAUAAUUUUUAAAAUAAAAAAUACUCCUUAUGACUAGGCUUACAGUAUUGUCAAUGUUAAGCAAGCUAGCUAACUUUAUUAUAAGCAACGGUAAACUAGCUAAAAUCUUUUUAAUUUUAAUUUUAUUUCACCUUUAUUUAACCAGGUAAGCCAGUUGAGAACAAGUUCUCAUUUACAACUGCGACCUGGCCAAGAUAAAGCAAAACAGUGCGAUUAAAAACAACAACAACACAGAGUUACAUAUGGAAUAAAUAAAACAUACAGUCAAUAACACAAUAGAAAAUCUAUAUACAGUGUAUGCAAAUGUAGUAAAUUAUGGAGGUAAGGCAAUAAAUAGGCCAUAGUGCAAAAUAGUUACAAUUUCGUAUUAACACUGGAAUGAUAGAUGUGCAAGAGAUUAUGUGCAAAUAGAGAUACUGGGGUGCAAAUGAGCAAAAUAAAUAACAAUAUGGGGAUGAGGUAGUUCGAUGGGCUAAUUUCAGAUGGGCUGUGUACAGGUGCAGUGAUCGGUAAGUUGCUCUGACAACUGAUACUUAAAGUUAGUGAGGGAGAUAAGAGUCUCCAGCUUCAGAGAUUUUUGCAGUUCGUUCCAGUCAUUGGCAGCAGAGAACUGGAAGGAAUGGCGGCCAAAGGAGGUGUUGGCUUUGGGGAUGACCAGUGAGAUAUACCUGCUGGAGCGCAGACUACGGGUGGGUGUUGCUAUGGUGACCAAUGAGCUAAGAUAAGGCGGGGAUUUGCCUAGCAGUGAUUUAUAGAUGACCUGGAGCCAGUGGGUUUGGCGACGAAUAUGUAGUGAGGGCCAGCCAACGAGAGCGUACAGGUCACAGUGGUGGGUAGUAUAUGGGGCUUUGGUGACAAAACGGAUGGCAUUGUGAUAGACUACAUCCAAUUUGCUGAGUAGAGUGUUGGAGGCUAUUUUGUAAAUGACAUCGCCGAAGUCAAGGAUCGGUAGGAUAGUCAGUUUUACGAGGGCAUGUUUGGCAGCAUGAGGGAAGGAGGCUUUGUUGCGAAAUAGGAAGCCGAUUCUAGAUUUAACGUUGGAUUGGAGAUGCUUAAUGUGAGUCUGGAAGGAGAGUUUACAGUCUAACCAGACACCUAGGUAUUUGUAGUUGUCCACAUACUCUAGGUCAGACCCGCCGAGAGUAGUGAUUCUAGUCGGGUGGGCGGGUGCCAGCAGCGUUCGGUUGGUUGAAGAAAUGAUCCGACUUCAAAAGCACUUGAACACAUUCAUGUCAGAUUUAAGACUCCUAAACUGUGAAGUUUCCGUCUUCUCGCGAGCACACGAAGGCAGCAAAGACGAGACCGGAGACGUGAUCCAGCAUCAUCAGAAAGAGCACCUUCGCUUUCUCUCCGACAGUGAGAAACCACCGCUACUGAAACUACUGAAGACACAAUGAAUAACAGUCAAUGUGUUCAAAUCAUUAAAGGUAACUAAGAGAUUUGUCUUUCUAGACAGCUGUUGAAUAUUUGAUGCACUUGGCAUUUGAUUAGGCUUAGCCUAUAUUUUCCAAAACUUUGAACAUAACUUUUCAUAUAAAAACUACUCCUUAUGACUAGGCUUACAUAUUUGUGUUUCACAAUGUGUGUUAUGUGGGCAGUUUAAACCAUUAUUAGGCCUGUACUGAAUACCUCAUUCAAGAUGAAACAUCUCAUUCAGCUACAUUUAUCUUUAUUCAUUUAUUUUUUAUUUUUACAUGUGACGUAUUCCCAGAACAUGCAUCAGUUCUGCUCAGGUGUUAUGAAGUAUUUUAUACAAUGCUGCCGUCUAGUGGAGAGUUUGGAGAUUGAAAGCCCCUCUGUUACGCAAAAAAACGUAAGAAGCAUCUUAAGAAAAAAUAAAUAAAGAAGUUCAUAAGUGCAAUUCCUCAACAAUAUCUUAAGAUUGUAUGAUUUUCUUAGGAACUUCUGAAAUAUCUUCUUAAGCUGUUUGUUGCUAGGCAAUUGUUUUAGGUAGCUAUCUAGCUAACAAUGGCUAUCAUGGUAGCAUAUUUCUUACUGAGAUUACUGUUCUAAAACAUGUUCUUGGGUUUAAAAUAAUCAAUACGGAAACUUUCAGAUGAAGUUUGUGAGGGAAUUGAACAUGUUCAAUUGCUUUCAUGAGCUUAUUUUUUUCUCACUGCCCUGAGUUUAAGACAAGGGUUUAGCUAUCUUGGAAUUAAGAACAUUUCCAAUAACUUUAUUUUCAGGAAUCUAACUUCUUCUUAACUUUUUGCUUAAGGAGAAACAUAAGAAAUAGAGCAAGAAAAUGUCCAAUAACCUUUUUGAGGAAAAGCAACUUUGCUUAACUUUCUUCUUUAAGUCUAUAGUUAAGGAAAAAAUGGCAGUUAAUAAGACAUUUCUUCUUAAGAGGGUUUUGUUAAUCUGUAACCAGAGGGGUUUCAUCAGUAACCAGAGGGUUUCAUCAGUAACCAGAGGGGUUUCAUCAGUAACCAGAGAGUUUAAUCGGUAACCAGAGAGUUUCAUCGGUAACCAGAGAGUUUCAUCGGUAACCAGAGAGUUUCAUCGGUAACCAGAGAGUUUAAUCGGUAACCAGAGGGUUUAAUCAGUAUAGUAGAGGGUUUCAUCGGUAACCAGAGGGGUUUCAUCAGUCUCCAGAGGGAUUCAUCAGUAUAGUAGAGGGUUUCAUCGGUAACCAGAGGGUUUCAUCGGUAACCAGAGAGUUUCAUCGGUAACCAGAGAGUUUCAUCGGUAACCAGAGAGUUUAAUCGGUAACCAGAGAGUUUAAUCGGUAACCAGAGGGUUUAAUCAGUAACCAGAGGGUUUCAUCAGUAACCAGAGGGUUUCAUCAGUCUCCAGAGGGUUUCAUCAGUCUCCAGAGGGUUUCAUCAGUAACCAGAGAGUUUAAUCAGUCUCCAGAGGGUUUCAUCAGUCUCCAGAGAGUUUCAUCAGUAACCAGAGGGUUUCAUCGGUAACCAGAGGGUUUCAUCAGUAACCAGAGGGUUUCAUCAGUAACCAGAGGGUUUCAUCAGUAACCAGAGGGUUUCAUCAGUAACCAGAGGGUUUCAUCAGUAACCAGAGGGUUUCAUCAGUAACCAGAGGGUUUCAUCAGUAACCAGAGGGUUUUAUCAGUCUCCAGAGCGUUUCAUUAGUCUCCAGAGGGUUUCAUCAGUCUCCAGAGGGUUUCAUCAGUCUCCAGAGGGUUUUAUCAGUCUCCAGAGGGUUUUAUCAGUCUCCAGAGGGUUUCAUCAGUCUCCAGAGGGUUUCAUCAGUCUCCAGAGGGUUUUAUCAGUCUCCAGAGGGUUUUAUCAGUCUCCAGAGGGUUUCAUCAGUCUCCAGAGGGUUUCAUCAGUCUCCAGAGGGUUUCAUCAGUAUAGUAGAUGCUAUCUCCUGUGGUUCUGCCCUUAAAUUAUAUAUUAUUCUUCUCCCCUUCCGUUCCACCUCUACCCUCACCUUCCUCCUCCUCCUCCUCCUCUUCCUCUUCCUCCUCCUCCUCCUCCUCCCCCUCCUCCUCCUCCUCCUCCUCCUCUUCCUCCGUUACGGCGCUGGCUGGUCAGCGGGUGGAGCUGGACUGUCUGGGUGAGGUGAUGGAGGCCAUGGGUCGCUUCUCCUUCCAGGUGUCCUGGCGCUAUACCCUGAGGGUGGUGACCUCAGAUGACUUUGUGCUGGGAUGCCAACAGGUUAAUUAUUAUUAUUAUUAUUAUUAUUAUUAUUUUAAUAUGUAUUUAUUUGCCUGUGGAAAAUAAGAAGAAACAAUUACAUCACAUUACAGUUAAUUGCAUAAAUAAUAACAUGUACAGUGCAAAAAAAAAGGUUUAGGUAGCGUACAAACAUGAAAAAAAAACAACAACAACAACAACAACAACAACAACAACAACAACAGAACAUCUCCCCCAGGCUAGACAGGCUGGUGCUGGACCCGGUGAGGGAGGAGGACUACGCACACCGCUGGGUCAAGAGGCUAUACUUGGGCUUCCUCCUGAGGCUUUGAGACUGGACUUCCUCUGCUCUGGCUCGGUGUGACAGUGGGGACGAGAAAGUCCCAUGGUAACAUUACCGUGGUGAAAGCUGAUGAGGACCUGUAUGUCAGGGACAUAUGUUGAAAAGCCUUGGGGUCGCAAGGGGUCACAGUGGCACUGUUUCUCCUAGGUAUUGUAGCAAUGAUCUACUACAGUACCCAUAAUGCUCUGUAACUUGGCUUGCAAAACAAUUUCCCCAAAAUGUCCAGGUUUUCCAAAUAUUUUGUGGUUGGGAAAUUCAGAGUAUCAGGAGGGAAUAUACAUGAAAUCUGAAAUCCUCCAACCGGGAUCCCCCAACCAGGAUCCUCCAACCAGCAUCGUCCAACCAGGAUCCUCCAACCAGCAUCCUCCAAACAGCAUCCUCCAACCAGGAUCUUCCAACCAGCAUCCUCCAACCAGGAUCUUCCAACCAGCAUCCUCCAACCAGUGAUCUUCCAACCAGCAUCCUCCAACCAGUGAUCUUCCAACCAGCAUCCUCCAACCAGUGA